AUGGAGCAGCCCCCGGGGUUUAAAGAUCUAAUUUUUCCACACCAUGUUUGUCGGCUAAAGAAAGCUCUUUAUGGACUCAAACAAGCGCCGAAGGCAUGGUUUCAUAAGUUUAGUUCUUUCCUUUUACAUCUUGGCUUCUCUUGUAGCAAAGCAGACCCCUCACUGUUUGUGUUGCACUCUUCAAAGGGCACCCUUCUGCUUCUUUUGUACGUCGAUGAUAUCAUCCUCACAAGCAACCAUUCCUCACUGAUUAAUAUCCUCAUCCAGCUGAUCAGUUCCAAGUUUGCAAUGAAGGAUAUGGGAGAUUUACAUUACUUUCUUGGAAUUAAGGCUACCCUAACCAAAGAUGGGCUUUUUCUUAGUCAACAUAAAUAUGCCUUGGAUAUUCUUCAAAGGACCAAUGUGCUCGCUGCUAGACCUUUGAAUACUCCUCUAUCUCAGAAGCAUGCUUUACAUGACCCUACUGGUGCCUUAGUCGAUGCAUCUGAAUAUAGGAGCAUUGUCGGAGCUCUCCAAUACCUCACCCUUACCAGGCCCGAAAUUUCUCAUUCAGUAAAUCUUCUUUGCCAGUUUAUGCAAAGUCCAACUGAAGUUCAUUGGUCUGGAGUUAAACGAGUCCUUCAUUACAUCGCAGGAACUUCUCAGCUUGGAUUACGCAUCUCUGCUCAAUCUUCUCUAAAUCUAGUUGGGUUUUCGGAUGCAGAUUGGGCUGGCUGCCCACUUUCUCGCAGGUCCACAUCAGGUCUAUGUGUUUUUCUAGGAUCGAAUUGCAUAUCUUGGUCCUCUAGAAAGCAAAACACAGUUGCAAAAUCCAGCGCCGAAGCUGAAUACAGGUCCUUGGCCUCUCUUGCUGCUGAAGUUACGUGGGUUACCUACAUUUUGAAGGACAUUGGCAUCUCUCUAUCUCAGCCUCCAGUAUUGUUUACUGACAACAUCAGUGCAUUACAUCUCAGGCCUAAUCCAGUCUUACAUGCUCGCACCAAACAUGUUGAACUUGAUUAUCACUUUGUCCGGGAAAAAGUUGUCCAAGGAGCUAUGGUGACAAAGUUCAUUCCUUCCAUGUCUCAGGUUGCUGAUAUAUUGACAAAACCCCUGUCUAAAUUUCAGUUUCAGUCGCACCGAACCAAGCUUGGAGUCGUGCAAAUUCCGCACUCCAGCUUGAGGGGAUGUUAG